CCCUGAAUCGCAAACAGUGUACACAACACUUUUACCACUGUUUUUACUUGGUCUGUGCCAAGUGGAAAGGCUACAAGCAGUAAGGACGCUAUACCGCUAUAAGGCAAAACAGAGAGCUCUUUACACAUUUAUUAAACACGACAGGUGCAACGUAAACCAGAGGUUUGUGUUGAAGAGUCCAUUCGUUCUAGGAUCAACAUGUAUAAGCCACACCACCAGCCAGCCUAAAACUAUUUGGAGCAUCAUCUGAAGAAGAAUAUAUGAUGCUCCCCAGUCCUAUGAUCUAGGUCUAGAAACUCAAUAACAGCAAGACACUAUGGUUAGGUGACCUCAGAUCACAACCACUUCAUUCCAUCUCUGGCUGUCACCUGACUGGUGGUUGCCAUGGCUUUACAAAAUGGAUUCUCCAUCAACUCCACCCCACUGGAUGAGAGUGGAGAGACAACACCCCUACUUAAAAAACAUGUGGUGGAUGUUGAUGAUUCAGUACCUCCACAAUGUUGCUCUGCACGCUACAAUCUGGCCAUCAUGAUGUUCUUCGGAUUCUCUGUUGUCUAUGGUCUCCGUGUCAAUCUAAGUGUUGCCAUGGUCGCCAUGGUCAAUGGGACCAAUAGCCAACCAACUCUCAACAGCUCAGUUGGCCAUGAGUGCCCAGUGUCCUCCCACGGGAACAACAAUGGCAGCCAAACCCCAGACCAACCAGACGGGAUACCUCAGUACUCGUGGGAUUCUCCAACUCAGGGCCUGCUGCUGGGGGCAUUCUUCUUUGGUUACCUGGUGACUCAGAUCCCCGGGGGUUACCUGGCCGGUCACUUUGGAGGGAGUAUCUUCUUGGGGGGAGGGGUGCUUGGCACCGCAGCCCUCACCCUCCUCACCCCCCUGGCAGCCCAGCUAGGACCCUACUGGCUGUUUGGCUUACGGGCACUGGAGGGAUUUGGGGAGGGGGUGACAUUCCCGGCCAUGAUGGCCAUGUGGGCUCGCUGGGCUCCCCCUCUAGAGAGGUCUCGUCUUAUUUCCCUGUCGGGGUCAGGGGCAAACUUUGGGGCUUUUGUAGCCCUGCCCCUCACCGGCUUCAUAUGUCACAGUCUGGGCUGGCCCGCUGUCUUCUACAUGUGUGGGGGUGCUGGUUGUAUUUGGGCAGUUUUCUGGUUCAUUCUGGUGUCUGACCAGCCUGGCACUCAUCCACGAAUCAGCACAAGAGAAAAACAUUACAUCAUCAACUCCAUAGGAAAAGAUGGUGGUGCCCAUGGCUGGUCAGUGCCUUUGUUACCCAUGGUGCUCUCUGUUCCCCUGUGGGCCAUCAUAGUGUCUCAGAUGUGUGCCAACUGGGGUUACUACACUCUGCUCACCUCACUACCCACCUACAUGGACACGGUGCUUCACUUUGACCUCCGACAGAAUGCCUUUCUCUCAGCUCUGCCCUAUCUGGGUGGCUGGGCCUUCUCAGUGAUAUCAGGUGUAGUAGCAGACAGCCUCCUGGAGAAGGAGCUGUUGAGUGUAACAGCGGUCCGCAAGAUCUUCACUAUCACAGGUCUGCUGCUGCCUGCAGCGUUCCUGGUUGCUGUGGGCUUCUCCGGCUGCAGUGGGGUGUUGGCUGUGACCUUCCUCACCCUCUCUACCACUGUUGGGGGCACCAGUGCAGCCGGGGUCUUCAUCAACCAGAUAGACAUUGCUCCACGGUAUGCGGGGUGCUUUUAGGAAUCACCAACACUUUUGCGACUAUCCCAGGUGUUGUCGCGCCCAUCAUCACAGGUUACCUCACCAAAGAUCACUCCUUGGCGGGAUGGAGGAAUGUGUUCUGUCUAUCAGCCGGGAUCAGCGCCGGAGGAGCGCUUGUCUUCACCUUGUUUGGCAGCGGGAAGGUCCAGAAAUGGGCCCUGGCAGAGGAGGAGCAGGAGCAGGCAGAAACCGAGAGAGAUGGGUUAAU